GAGUUGUGAAUUCGUUAAGCCAAAACGCUUCUGCUUGUCAAAGCGGCAGGCCGUGGCUACUUUUUCGGCGUUCUGUCAAACAGUGAGAUCCGUGGAUUAGGGAUUGUGCUGGACUAAUCUCGAUUCCAACAGGAUAAGACACCACCAUGGAGCCUGCUGACCUGUAUAACUACAGCUGCUCCACAGGCCUCCUCCUGCCGCUGAUCAACGAGUACACAUGGUCCACUCGAGUGCGAGCCUUCCUCUACCUCCUUGGACUGCUCUAUUGCUUCCUUGGUGUGGCCAUCAUUGCGGACAUCUUCAUGUGCUCUAUCGAGAAGAUCACCAGCAAGACGAGGAAGAUUAUGCUGUCGACUGACAGCGAGGCACAGCCGGAAGUCAUAGAGGUCAAGGUGUGGAACGACACGGUCGCCAAUUUGACCCUCAUGGCUCUGGGAUCAAGCGCACCAGAGAUACUUUUGUCGAUUAUCGAAAUUGUCGGUAACGGAUUUACAGCUGGCGAUUUAGGACCUGGCACCAUCGUGGGAUCGGCAGCUUUUAAUCUUCUCGUCAUUUGCGCUGUCUGUAUUGUGGUUAUACCUUCUGGAGAAACUAGGCGUAUUAAAACUUUCAGUGUGUUUAGCGUGACCGCUUUCUUCAGCAUCUUCGCGUACAUCUGGAUGUUGAUUAUCCUGCUCGGUAUCUCUCCCCACGUGGUCGAGGUGUGGGAAGCAGUCAUCACCCUUCUCUUCUUCCCUCUUCUUGUGGGCCUCAGCUAUGCCGCCGACAAAGGACUUUGCAAGGGCAAACUUAUGACCAAGAACACCAAGCAGAUGGAGGUGGACACGGCAACUGUUCCUACUAAAAAAGAAGAAUACUUUCCUAAAGGGGAAAUAAACAAAGACACUUUAGUAAAAUUUAUUAAGGAAGUUCGCAAACAUCCUGCACUAUCUGCAGAAGAUGCAGCUUGCUUGGCAGCAGUCCGUUUGGUGGAAGAAAGCGAGCACUCCAGGCUCUGGUACAGGGUUGGGGCCAUCAGAGAACUGACUGGAAGCAAGAAACCCAAGCCCACCCUCAGCAAGAAACUCCAAAAAGUCUACAGUCUUUUAGACCAAGAAACGAGUGAAACAGAUUCCAAGCCUAGCAAACCAGAAGAACGGUCGGACAUUCCUGUGAUGGAUUUUGCUGCAGCUACGGCUGCAGUGAUGGAAAAUGCAGGAAAAGUUAACGUCAAGGUUCGCAGGCACGGCAACACUAGCGGUGUCGCCAAAUGCAGGCUAGAGACCAUCGAAGGUACUGCUGUAGCUGGUGAAGAUUUCGUUCCUCUGAAGGAGAUCAUUACUUUCCAAGAUGGCGAAACCGAGAAAGAACUGCACGUUGAGAUCGUGGAUGACAACCAGUGGGAGCCCAAUGAGACAUUCUUCUUGAAGUUGUGCAUCCUUCCCGAAGACGUCGGUCAAGUCAUGCUGGGAAGGGUGUGCAUCAUGGAGAUCACCAUUCUCAAUGACGACGAACCGGGCAUCCUGCAAUUCAAACGCCGUGGCCUGCUUGUCCAGGAGAGCAUCGGUAUGGCUUCAAUCCCGGUGAUGCGAACACAAGGUGCGGACGGGGUUGUGGGCUGCAAGUGGAGAACCAUCGACCGAACAGCGGUCUCUCCCAAAGACUACUGCGGGGGCGAAGGAGAAAUAGAAUUUGCUCACGGGGAAGUUGAGAAAAGCAUCGAGAUUCCUAUUGUGGACGAUUUUAAUGCUGAGAAGGAUGAACAUUUCGAGGUGGAACUUUUUGAUCCGAGAGGUGGAGCAAACAUAGGACAGGUGAACAGAUCGACUAUCACCAUCACCAAUGACGAUGAUUUCAACUCCAUAGUAAGUCGAGUAGCAGCAAUGACCAACGUCAAUGUAGACAGCGUGAGGCUUCAAUCUGAAACGUGGGCAGAGCAGUUUCGAGCAGCACUCACUGUCAAUGGUGGUGACAUUGAAAACGCAACUACUGUGGACUAUGUUCUUCACUUUUUAACAUUUGGAUGGAAGGCAAUUUUUGCAGCUGUUCCACCAACUGGCAUAAUGGGAGGCUGGUUGACAUUCUUUGUGUCCCUGAUCUUGAUCGGUAUCCUGACCGCCAUCAUAGGAGACAUGGCGAGCAUUUUCGGUUGCCUCGUGAAUCUCAAAGACACAGUCACCGCCAUUACUUUUGUUGCUCUCGGAACCUCUCUGCCAGAUCUGUUCGCUUCGAUGGCGGCAGCUAAACAAGAGAAGUAUGCCGACAGUGCAAUUGGAAAUGUCACAGGCAGCAACUCUGUGAAUGUGUUCUUGGGACUUGGAUUACCAUGGCUGAUGGCAAGCAUCUUUUGGGCUUCUAAGGGAAAGAGUUUUAUUGUACCAGCUGGAACUUUAGGCUUCAGUGUUGGAAUCUACACAGCAUUGUCAUUGGCCUGCAUUGCUCUUUUGGUGGCAAGGCGUUAUUUAACCGUUUUGGGCAAGGCCGAACUGGGCGGACCACCAACUGUUGCCCUGAUUUGCACUACUUGUAUGGUUACAAUGUGGUUUUUAUAUGUCUUGCUCUCUGCAUUUGAAGCAUAUGACUAUAUUGACAUAUAAGUCGUACACAUUUCAAAGUAUUUUACGAGCUGAAAAUUUCAUUUUAUUAACAUUUUGUAAAUAUUUUCAGAUGAAUACUGUACAGUUUUUUAUAUUUUGUACAAGAAAACUUAUUUUUGCUAUUUUUAUAGUAGCAACAAAGAAUUAGAAAGGUCUAAAUUUUAUUUAUACAUUUAAAUCUUACUCUUAAGUAUCAAAAAGUAGGUAGGCUUGUGAUAACACGUAUUACUUUUUUUUUUCAUGAAUCUUAGCUAAAAUUUUAAAUUUAUGAAAUGAAUCUAAAUACAAUUCCAUCAACAUUUUAUAUCUAAAUGAUCUUUUAAAUGCAAUGCAGCAUAUUUUAUCAAUUUAAAGUACAGCAAUUAUCUAUUUCAAAUCACAAAUUUUCAAUUAAAAGGACAAUUAUAACCUUUUAAAAAAUUAGGUGACUUUUUUUUUUCUUGGACAGGUUUAGAUAACAGGUUCAUUUUAGAUUUAAAUAGGGAGGAAAUCUUUAGCAGCUUCUGUGCAUUUGUACUUAUACUUGUAAGUAAAAAUGUUAGAUAUUUUUACCUUCUAUGUUUCCUAAAUGAAAAAUGUGAUAUUUUAUACAUUCUAAAAGUAUUUUUAUAACUUUCAUCAUGUGUAUAUAUUUCGCUAAAUAUUGUGCUUUUGCUGGUUUGGUUAUCCGUUUGUGUUAGAAAUUUAAUCUGGACACUCAAUUGUAAAUUUAAUUUUUAAAAUAAAGUUUGAUACAUAA